AAUCAAACAUGUGGUUUGUGCGCAUGUGUAAAUAAUUUGUGUACUUUUGACAAUUUGAGAGCUGAAUUAUUAAUUGUUUUUAAUAAAUUUUAACAAGAUUUUCACAAUGUCGAUUAUGCCAUUAUGGCCAAAUUUACAACCUAGAGCAACAGAUCCUUUGUGGUUUAAUGCUGAUAGACCUUGUGAUGAUGAAAGUGAAGUAGUUCAACUUGAAGCAGAACAUCAAGCGUGGAGAGAACAUGUUCGAGUACAAGGUUAUGAUCAUAUCCCCAUAGGAAAGACAGUUAGUGACUUUAGAGGAUCAGAAGAGGAAGAAGAAGAAGAAGAAGAAGAAGAAGGUGAAGGAGAAGAAGAAGAAGAAUCAGAUACCCAUGAAGAAGAAGAAGAAGAAUUAGACGAAAUUGAUAUGGAAGUGAGCUACUCGCAUCAACAACAAACUUCCAGUCCAACAGAUACAGUGACAGAUCCAGUAUCAAUUAGAAUGGUCAGCACACAUACUGGUCGUUAUUCUUAAUUAAAAUAUUGUAGUCGUUAUUUAAUUUUAAAUUUAAUCUAGCUUUUUUAAAAAA